UCUGUGGAGUGUGGACUGUCACAGAGUGAAAGGUCGACUAAAUGUGGUGUAUGUAGAUGUGGAACAUUUAACAUUGGUAGCAAUUCAAUGUUGCUUGAAAAUACCUGAUGAAAUUAUUGUAAUGACAAUCUGUUCCACGAAGUAAAUACAGAUAAGGAGCUUUUUUUAACUUGCUGGACGCGCACGUUUAAAGGUCCUUUAAGAUGCAGUUCAUGUUGCUAUUUAGCCGCCAAGGAAAGCUGAGACUGCAGAAAUGGUAUGUUGCUCACCCUGACAAAGUAAAGAAGAAGAUCACACGAGAGUUAAUAACCACAAUUUUGGCAAGAAAACCAAAAAUGAGCAGCUUUCUUGAAUGGAAGGAUGUAAAAGUUGUGUACAAAAGGUAUGCAAGUUUGUACUUUUGCUGUGCUAUUGAGCAAAAGGAUAAUGAACUGCUGACACUGGAAAUCAUUCAUCGUUAUGUUGAGCUGUUGGAUAAAUAUUUUGGAAGUGUUUGUGAACUGGAUAUCAUAUUCAACUUCGAGAAGGCAUACUUCAUUCUUGAUGAGUUAUUAUUGGGUGGUGAAAUUCAGGAAACGAGUAAAAAGAAUGUACUGAAAGCAAUUGCUGCCCAGGAUCUGCUGCAAGAGGAAGAAACACCACAAGGCUUUUUUGAAGAUCAUGGACUUGGUUAAAACAAGAACACCUGCAUCUCCAUCUGCUUUGCGGAAUGAGCUUUUUGAAUCCAUGUUCCAAGAAAGACAUCUUUUCCCUUCUCUAAAUGAUGCAGCAAAGUAUUAUUAGAUGUUUUGUAAAACAGAACUUCAUAAAGAAAGUUUUGUAACAUAGAAAGAAAACGCUUUCAGUAUUUUAUGUACUUAAUUUUAGUAAGAUAUUUAAUCAAAAAGCAGAAUUUGCCACAUUUUUUUUCUGUUGUGUCACUGUUUCAUUAUUAUAUUUGAUGUACUUGUCAUUAAUAAUCAAAGUUUGUCACGCUUAUAUAUGGAAGUAUUAAUACUGUAUAAGUAAUAAAUUGCAAGUACUCAGAUAUGUAUUAUGGUGGGUGUGGAAUGUUUGAUGAUUGUGUGAAUACUCUUGUGCUAAUAUUUCUCAAUUUUGGAAGAGGUGAUUGGGAGUCCUCCAGUUUCCCCCUCCUCCUCCCCCUCCCUCAACCUCCCCCCUCCCACCCCUUCCAUCUCUCCUCACCAUGUUUCCCUAUAAAUGUGCUUUGACUUUCUUGUUGUAUGGAUGUGGUUCUGUGCAAACUAGUAGUGUUUAAUGGGUAUAAAAUGUUACUGACAAUUGGUGAGGGAACUGCAUACAAUAUUUUUUUUUUUCUCUUCCUGAAGAUUAGAGCUGUGCAUUCCACUAGAUUCAGCUUGUUGUGCCAUCCCAGAAUCUUUACUGAUUUAGGAAAGUAGCUGCUUGGCUGAGUCAACUUGCUAUUGAGUUGAGAUCAACUUGCUGGCACCAGAGCAGCAUGGCUCAAUACACUGAUCAUAUCUGUACAGAUUCUUGGUCAGGCCUACUAUCCAAUCACAUCUACAUGCUAGUACACAAACUGUAGGAUUUACUCAUCAAUUGUGUGUACCAUACAGUGCCUUGCAUCCAUUUGCUACAACCCUGUGAAUCUCUAACACAAAAUGCCCAACACUUAUCCUUCCUCUUAAUACUGUUGUAAAAUAUGAACAGUUUUUUUAUGGGUAUACAGUAUGUACUGCUUUAGAGAAAGGUGACUGGUGCACAUACUAAAUAUGAGUCAUACCUCAGUACAAAUAGUAGACUGAAGGUACAAGUAAACUCAAUAUGGAACACAGCACCACAUGGUAGUGGCGAAGUGGUGGCUCAGUAAUCAGCCGUAGAGGCUAGCCUUCAGGGAUGGGUUGAGCAGGCUGAAUCCAGCUGUAUGCAUGAUGUUAUUUGACAAGCAGCUCAUGCUGAACUUCAUUUUUUGUGUUUCUCUCUGUGCAAAUGUUUGUUGAACAGAGAGCAAUUGGUGCAAUAAAAACAUUCCACAGCAGAUAGAGUACUUAUUUACCUUAUAUUAAAUUGUAGAAUUUAGCUUGCUAAAAACUUAUACACUUUUGUUGUUCUGAAAGACAAUAAUGGGACUGCCCAUAUUUUGACAUACCAGUUUUGUUAUAAAAGAAAUAUGCAUUUAGUGAUUUUACAUAAUGUUUGUUACAUUACAUUGGUUUACAAAACAGGUAACACAGCUACAUUUACCAAAAAGCUUUUUACAGUUGGAUGCUUUCAUUGUAACUUUUUAUGCAACAUUAAUUUCAGCUAAAUUCUAAAAAGAAGAGUGUUGGUUUUUGUUAUAAUGUGGGUAAAACAAAUUGUAUUGUCUUGCAAGUGUUUACAGGAAUUGUUAGUGUCUGAAUGUGUAUUUCAGUAUCACAAAGUGUUAAAAACAGUGGUGCAGAUAAGAGCAGCAUGAAAAAGUUUAUACAUCUUGAGUUUUGGAACCCGAAUUAAUUCCUGGAACAAAAGAAGGAUAGGUAAAAAAAGGAAAAUAUAUUUAUCAUAAAUAUACAAAUGUUUGGCUUGAGGCUAAAUAACUUAAGCCUGGUGUUAAGUUUGUCUGCUCUUUGCUAAAGGCUUUGAGCGACUAUGACCUUAGAAGCUAGAGACUCAUAAAAUUUUUUCAUGUUGUUCCCUGCUGAAUUUGCACAUGCCAUUCAAACAUAGAUAUCAGUUUCAUUUAUUUCUCAUAAAUCAUGUGUUGCACUCAUUUCUUUUCAAUGAACAGUGGUCUUGUGACACUCUUCAGUGAAGAUUGUUUUGACCAGUGUACUGUUGUUUGUACAAUGUUAGGUAUUAUAUCUGUAAUGUUACACACAUGACAAUUAUAUAUGGUAGAGGGCUUUUGCUCAGGUAUAAUUGCUACAUAUUUUAUACUUGCACAGAAUGCUGCUCUUGUUAAAAAUGUUUACUACCGGAUACCAGUUUUAAUCCUUGCUCGAUAAAGUGCAGUAAUAAUUAUUGACCCUUUAAAUGUUGUUGUUCUAAUCUUGUGCUGACCAUGCCGGGUUGAAACAGUUUUCACACAACUUCUAAUUGUAAUUUGUUAAUUUAUCUGGCACAAAUCAAAUGAUGUAUACCCAGAAACUUAAUCCAAUUCAUCAUUUAUGUAUGUUAAAUUUUGGAAGUUGUUAUUGUGUGGCUAUCAUGUAAAUGGAUUUUUUUAGUUUUGUUUUUCUUUGUGAUAGCACAGAGCCUAGAAUCUCUGACUGUUUCUAAAUUUAGUUACAAUUAUGAAUUUUGUGUAUUUUUUUAUAAUAGUUUCUUGCUGGGAGGUCUAGUUUUUCAGUCCCGUGACUGUGUAAAGUGAGUGUUUUUUGUAAGUGUAUUAGAUGGAGAUGUGGUUGUUUUUAUAUGUUUUUGCAGAUACUUUUACUAAAAGAGGCAUUGAUGUGAAGUGAGAUCAUUAUUUUAUUCCUGUUAUGUAGAAUUAAAGCAGAGGUGUUCUGUUAGUGGAGCAUGUUGAUUACUGUUCAGACAUGUACAUUUUAUGAAACAGAUAGCUUUGGAUAUGUUUGUUAGCCAAUUUGAUUACAGUAUUGGCUGUGUAUAUGUAGUGUUUAAAUAUGUUACUGUAUGAAAUGUGAGAGAGUGAUUAAAGAUUGGAAACUCA